GAACCUCCUGGAACUUCCUAGGCUCUGGAAACUACCACUCCAUUCCUGUCAGCCUUAUAAAUACCGAAAAUGCACCCGGCUACCGGCACACGAUAACAAGAGAAAAGAGAAGGCAAUGGCUAUCAGGUUGAUGGAUUUGGACUCUCCAUUCUUCAACACUCUGCACAGAAUCAUGGAUCUGACGGAGGACGCCGAGAAGAACUUGAACGCUCCGACUCGGACAUACGUGCGCGACGCCAAGGCGAUGGCUGCGACUCCUGCUGACGUGAAGGAGUACCCUAACUCGUACGUUUUCGUGAUCGACAUGCCUGGCCUGAAAUCUGGGGACAUUAAAGUGCAGGUGGAGGACGACAACGUGCUUCUGAUAAGCGGCGAGAGGAAGAGGGAGGAGGAAAAAGAGAAAGAAGGGGGAAAGUAUUUGAGGAUGGAGAGAAGGCUUGGCAAGUUGAUGAGGAAGUUUACUCUCCCUGAGAAUGCCAACACCGAUGCUAUCUCUGCUGUCUGCCUAGACGGUGUGCUCACUGUCACUGUCAAUAAGCUGCCUCCUCCUCAGCCCAAGAAGCCCAAGACUAUAGAGGUCAACAUAGCCUGAAUUCCAACUUCCAACGCUAUCUAUCCCUGUUUUUGUUUUCUGUGUGCCAAUGCUUUUCUAUCUUUCCGUCUCUGCUUCAUGCUUAUCACACUGUAAUUUGAUCAUGGAUGAUAAAAUGCAUGCUUUUGUAUGAGUUUUAACUUCCUUAA